CAAAGCGCCCAAACCCUCUGAACGACGAACGCUCAGAGCGCCAAGCGAUGAGCCACCGCAAGCUCGCUCGCUGCUGCCCCACGGCCAGCGUACGCCGCGCGGUUUCGAACCCCGCCGGCUACUCCAGCCACGGCUAGCCUGUCAUGGCCCGUGUAGAUCGCUCCUCUCGCCACUCAAAGUAUCGCGGCACCUCCCUAUAUAGCGGCACCGAUGCAAACCUUCCCGAGGAAUCGCUACGAGCAGCCACGCACGACGUGUAGAGCCGCGCGCCCUCCCUCGAGCACGAAAAGGUCUAGUGGGCUGUGAAGAAGCUUGGUGCUGCAGGUAGAGAGAUGGCGGAGCCCAGGCGCACGCGGCCGUCGAAGUUCCGGUGCGCGGCGGCGACGUGCCUGGCGCUGCUGGUCGUGGUGGUGGUCGUCGUCGUCCUCCUGUGGCUCUUCCUCCACCCGUCCAAGCUCUACAUCUCCGUCGACCACGCCGCCACGACGGGGUUCAACUUAACGGCCGCCGGCGGGCUCGCGGGCGCCAUCGACCUCACCCUGCGCGCCUUCAACCCGAACGAGCGCGCCGGCGUGGCCUACCGCUGGGUCGACGUCGGGGUGUGGUACAACGGCACGUACCUCGCGGGGGGCCACGCGCCGGGGUUCGCCCAGCCGCCGGAGGACGACACGCGGGUCAACGUCGCGGCGCGGGCGGCGUCGGACGCCUGGACGCUGCCGCGGGACGUCCAGGAGGGCAUCAAGAGGGAGCGCACCGCCGGGAAGCUGACGGUGGACGUGCACGUCGUCGCCAAGGUGCGGUUCCGCUACGGCGUCGUGAGGACGCGCAAGUACACCGUGCGCGCCAGCUGCCCGGCGGUGACCAUCGACUUCGUGGCGCCGACCUCCUUCCACCGGGUGCCCUGCCACGUGCACAUCUGAGCUGCGCCACCCCCUCUGCGUGACAUGCUUCGAGGAUUGGGCUGUGUGUGGAUUGAUUGAUUCGAUCGCUCGUCGCUCCCUGCUUUCUUUCGUGUUAUGAUUACCUUGGUUUGUUGUAUAUUUCUUUCUUCACUUGUGUUCUUUGCUGUAAAUUGUUUUUCGUGGAUUUGGGUAAAGAGCUGUCGACAAUUCAAUAUUCAAGUAAAUAGUAUUUAUAUUUGUCACUUUUCAUAAA